CAACGUCGGAAAGAGCAGGAGCGGCUGCUGCGCCAGUGGGAGGCUGCCUGAGCCUCGAGAAGAGAAGAGAGAGAGGUUCGUCUUUUUAUGGAAUUCCAGCAGUUGCGGAGGAGAAUCGGCCAAGCUCAGAACACGUCACAAAACAAAGCAGCCGACUGGUGCCUGGUGCAAAAUGAGGCUUCCCCGGGUGCUGAUCGCAGCUAUUUUAGUUCUGCUGGUGAUCGAUGUGGUUACCUCAGAGAAACUGAGAAAGUACAAGAAGUUCAAGCACCCCCGCAAGUCAACUACAACCACAAGCACGACCACAGAGAGUGAAACACUGACUUUGGAGGAGGAGGAUGAAGAUGAUGAUGGCGAAAAGGUGCAGACCAUUGUUGAUCCCUGCUUGAAGAAACAUUGUAGCGCCGGCCGAAUCUGCCAGAGCAAUGAUGAUGGAGAGGCCGAAUGCGUAUGCAUUGAGACCUGCCCUGAGGAAGUGGAUCCUCGCAGGAAGGUGUGCACCAACCAAAACACCACUUGGGGAUCCGAUUGCGAGGUCUACAGGAUGCGCUGUUGGUGCGACAAGGGGUCCGACAAGUGCGAGGACGACAGCAUGAAGCACCUUCACAUUGAAUACUACGGCGAGUGCAGGGAGAUGCCCGAAUGCUCGGACGAGGAGAUGGACGAUUUCCCACGCCGCAUGAGGGACUGGCUGUUCAACAUUAUGCGCGAUAUGGCCGACCGCGACGAGCUGACUCCGCACUACAAAGCACUGGAACGUGAAGCUGAGAACAACCAAACUCGCCGCUGGGCCAACGCUGCCAUCUGGAAAUGGUGCGACCUGGAUGGAGAGCCGCACGACCGCAGAGUCUCCCGUCACGAGCUCUUCCCCAUUCGCGCGCCCUUGAUGGCCCUCGAGCACUGCAUCGCGCCCUUCCUCAACAAUUGCGACGAGAACGACGAUCACAAGAUCACCCUCAAGGAGUGGGGCAAGUGCCUCCAGGUUGAUCCGGAUGAGAUGGAAGACAGGUGCGAGGAAGUGCGCGGCGAAUAAGGUGCGCUUAUUCCCUUUUGAAGAAAUGGCACAACAACUCGCCGCCAAAAAGAGACUAACAACACUGCCCUUUUCUUACUAGAUCGAUUCUUUGAUUUUUGCAUUUAACAACAUCGUGGAGAGCAGAAGAACACAUUACAUGGCACUUAUUUGUAGUAAACACGUGAUUCGGAAAUAAACUUAAGGCUUUCAAUUA